CUCAAAGAUGUUGCCACUGUGGCAUUUUGUGAUGCUCAGUCAACACAAGAAAUUCAUGAAAAAGUACUGAAUGAAGCAGUUGGUGCCUUGAUGUGGCACACUAUAACACUGGCUAAGGAGGACUUGGAAAAGUUUAAGAGUUUACGGGUCAUUGUCAGAAUUGGAAGUGGUUAUGACAAUGUGGAUGUAAAAUCAGCAGGAGAGCUAGGCAUUGCUGUCUGUAAUGUACCUGGAUAUGGUGUAGAAGAGGUAGCUGACUCCACUAUAUGUUUGAUACUGAAUCUAUACCGAAGGACAUAUUGGCUGGCCAACAGUGUAAGAGAGGGGAAGAAAAUCAGUGGUCCAGAACAAUUACGAGAAGCUGCCCAGGGUUCGGCAAGAAUAAGAGGGGAUACGCUAGGAAUUGUUGGGUUAGGUAGAGUGGGUUCUGCAGUUGCCCUGCGUGCCAAGGCUUUUGGAUUCAAUGUUAUAUUUUAUGAUCCCUAUCUGCAAGAUGGAGUUGAGAAAUCAUUAGGCAUUACUAGAGUAUAUACUUUACAAGAUCUUUUGUUUCAAAGUGACUGUGUAAGUCUACACUGUAACCUGAAUGAACAUAAUCAUCACCUCAUUAAUGACUAUACCAUCAAACAAAUGCGGCCAGGUGCAUUUUUGAUAAACACUGCAAGGGGAGGCCUGGUGGAUGAACAUGCCCUAGCAGCAGCAUUAAAAGAUGGCCGAAUUCGAGCAGCAGCAUUAGAUGUCCAUGAAAAUGAACCAUUUAGUUUCUCCACUAGUCCAUUAAAGGACUGUCCAAAUUUGAUCUGCACCCCUCAUUCAUCAUUCUACAGUGAGCAGAGUGUGACAGAACUUCGUGAAAUGGCAGCUGGGGAGAUCCGAAGAGCAAUUGUUGGGAGAAUUCCUGACAGUCUACGCAAUUGUGUCAAUAAGGAGUAUUUUUCUGCUGGCACUGUGCGUCCACCUUUUGGAUUUCCAGGAUACCCUGAGGGAAUGAAUGGAGCAGGGUAUCCUUUCCCUAACCCUGCAGCAGCAGCAGCUGCAGCUGCUGCAAGUCUUGCUGGUGUCCAUUCUACCACCAUAGAACAUCCAACUGUGUCCCACAGUACUCCUCACUCAACCCCCCACAGUACUUUGUCAGAAACCGCCAUUCACAUGGGAAAAGCAGAAUCAUCAGAGGUUCACUAACACGGUCAAAAAGUUGAAGUAAAAUCAGAAGUUACCUGUAUGAAGAUCUACCUUAAUGUGUUAUUCCCAUUAUCAUAAAGGUUGUCAGAUGUCUGUAUAGAUUGGUAAAAUACAUGAAAAUUUAUUGAUCUAGUAAACAAAAAUGUUAUAUUUUCUCCAACACUGGAUCAGUAAGCAUGACAAAGUGACAGCUAGAGGAAAUGUCUGGGUUGGAGAAAUCACUGAGGGAAGAAAACAUUCUGGACAAAAAAAUGUAUCUUUAGCAUGAUGGAUUUUACUGCAAAAUGUUUAGAAAAAUUAUUUGGGAAACAUGCGAAAACUUGCUGAAGAUUGCAUUCCGGAGCACCAAUACUGGGAAAACUGGCAGUUGAGACUUGAAUCUCAUUGUCUCAUGAACAAGCCAUUACAUUACAUCACUCCAUCAUCAUCAUCUUGAUAAACAGUGGAAGAACCAUAUAUAACACAGAGAUAUUUUUGUAGUAUUUCAAUCAAAGACUUCAUAUAUCAUAGAGCAAGUGACAGUGUAUAGAGUUAUAUGUGUUUGUGUGAUUGAGGUUAGAGGUUAUGUGUGGUUUUGUUCUUUAUUAUGUUCCCCAAACGAAGUUUGG